GUAUUUCGCAACAAUACACUCAUUCAAUUGCGCCAAUUAUUGGUUCAAACAUCACACGAAUCUAAUGUUGGGCAUCGGGUGGCUGUUGGGCACCCUCUUGGGUAGUGUCCAACUAUACCACUCCAAGACAGUGUCCUUCCGGUACCGGAAUGUCACUUAUGUUGACUGUCGUGAGGAGUGGGAUGAGGCCGAGGGAAAGGCCUACACAAUCAUCACAUUUCUAUUGACUUUCUUAGUGCCACUAUUUGUUCUGGCGUUUACUUAUGGUAAUAUUGGAUACAAGAUAUUCUUCUAUAAGGCGCCCAACAGUUCCCAAUCCCUUCACUCGCGAGCGAACAACAAAUCC